UAAGUUGAUCAAGCUUCUCCUGUUUUGUCGGAAGGUGGUUGUUUUUCUUAAGACAUAAUUUCCAGGAGCCCAUUUACACUGAUGGCACUGCUCCAGUCUCGCAGAAACAAUCGAGGUUAACACGGAUUAAUAUUUGUCCCAGACACAGAGGCGUUAACACCUGACAGUGAAACCAGUCUGAAAGGGAGCCUCGUGUGAACUACAAACCAAAGCGCUGUCGCCCAACAGCUAACAGGAGUUAGCAUCAGAUCUUCACGCCGUGUACGGUCUAGUCUCACUUUCUCUUCCAUUUCGUCUGGUAUCGGUUCUUGGACUCUGUCAAAAACUUCAGUCGGUGGCUUCGCCAGGAGAGGAUGAACUGGCUUUUCCCCUCGUCCAAAGGCUCCGGACCGCUCCCUCCUCUCAACAGCCUCCAUCAACAAAGACAGCGGCAGAUCGAGUCGCUCAAAGCCGCUCAUCCUAGUCUUGCAGAGAUCCAGAAGGAUGUGGAGUACAGAAUACCAUUCACAGUCAACAACUCCACCAUCAGUGUUAACAUCCUACUACCUCCUCAGUUCCCCCAAGAGAAGCCGGUGGUCAGUGUCUACCCUCCUGUUGGUCAUCAUCUAAUUGAUAGUAAUAAUGGCACCAUGGUCACCAGCCCCCUCAUCACUAAUUUUGGGAUGCACUCAGAUCUCGGCAAAGUAAUUCAGAGUUUGCUGGACGAGUUCUGGAAAAGUCCUCCUGCAUUGAUACCCUCUGGCCCUUCUGGCUUUCCAUACAGUAUGUACAAGCAAUCAGGCGUGGCUCCUUACCCCACUCAGGCGUAUCACUAUCCUCGCCAUGUGGGCCCCUCUCACACGCCACCUGCUGGUCCAGGCCCAGCACCAUCUCCAACUCCCAUGCCUCACUCAGGGGUUGACAGCACCCAUGGGCCCCCGAGAGCUCCAGCACCUUAUGGCCUGAUUUCUGACCUCCCACAGGCUGGACUCAAUGGACACAUGUACAAGAUGCCUGAGAUCCCUGAAUCGUUUCCUGAACUCAAUGACUUAAAUUUGACGCAGCUGUCUAGCAUGUCUGAAAACGAGGAUCUGUUACUGGAAUUCUUUGUGAGUUUGCCACAACUCAAACAGGUCGCCAGUGAUAAAGAGGAGCUGGUCAACAGCAUAGUGGACAUGGCAAAAAAAAACCUUCAGAUGGAGCCACAGCUGGAAGCAAAAAGACAAGAAAUGCUUUACAAGUAUGAACAGCUGACUCAGAUGAAGUCUGCCUUUGAGACAAGAAUGCAGAGACAGCAUGAGCUCAGUGAGAGCUGCAGCCUAAGUGCCCUGCAGGCUCGGUUAAAAGUUGCGGCCCAUCAAGCAGAGGAGGAGUCAGAGGUGACGGCUGAAAGUUUCUUGGAGGGACGCACAGACAUUGAUGAAUUUCUGACCAGCUUCAUGGAGAAGAGAACGCUUUGUCAUAGCAGAAGGGCCAAAGAGGAAAAGUUACAACACUCCAUCAACACACAUGGGCCGUUUCCUACCAGCCACUAGGACACAAGGUUUUUUUUGUCUCUCAGCCUACUGCUGCCAACUUAAAGGAUAAAGACAUCUGAGGUGAUGACAAGCACACUGAGUCAACCAGGGGCACUUUGUAGGAAAAGAAAACAUUGAUGGCAAUGAGGAGAUCUGAGCCCAGUCUUUAAAAAUGCUGAAGUUGGAUUCUGUGAGAGCAAAAUGGAGAAGCUAAAGACACACCACAGGAGGCUAACACUGGGAGAAAGUGUGACACAUAUCAGUUUUUCCAACUUUCACAUUUUGGAUCAUUUCUUUUGCACAUGCCGUUUGUCCAGUUUUGACUUCACAGUGAUGACAAAAAUUGGUUUCUUUUAAGAAUUUAUGUCGUGUUGCUCAACCAGAGCAAAAAUUGCACCAGAUCUGACUGGUUGGUGAUGUGAACACAUUUGGAAAAGUGAGGUAGUAAGUGUUACUUUGAUGUAACUUUUGAGGCUCUAAUGUUGGUGUCUGUACUUUCACCUAUGAGAUCAUUGUCAAAUCAUGCAUAACCAUCCUUGAAAGAUUCAUUCAUAGGGGAAAAAUAGAACAACUUACAUCAAAAUUCAUCUGUUUACAUUGGAAAGGCUUUCCACGACAUUUACAUCGAAACUCCUCUACAUCAUUUUUCAGAAGUCAAGAUUCCCAACAAUAAAAGAGGCAAGAACAGAACAAGGAGGUGAUUUUUUUCAUUCAAAUUCUUUAUUGGAAGGUGUUUUUUUUCUGUUGGUGGGUUUCUGUAAAGCACUGGUUCCCAACCUAGGGUUCCAGGCCCCUUAAGGGGUUGUUAAAGAUUUCAGGGGGGGUGCAAGGCUUUGUCCAUUUUGAGGUUGUCAAAAAUUAGGUGUGCAUAUUAAGUAAAAUCAAUGUAAUACACUUACUGGAUGGUUUACAUAAAGGUCUUUUGGUAGUGACAGAUGUGUAUGGGCCUGUAUUUUAUCACUGAAAAAACUAAAGCUGACCCUAAUCUUUGACAGCAAUGCAUUUUUCUUGCCCAUUUUGGUCCUGGGGGCUUCAUCUUUUAUGAUACAAGUAGGGGGUGCUUCAAGGAAAAGGUUGGGAACCACUGCUCUAAAGUACUGUCUGAAAGAGCCUCAGGUUUCAGGGUGUUUGCACAAAAACUGAGUUGUUCAAAUUCACCCAGACAGCAUUCUUGUUUUCAUACAAUUGUUAAACCCAUAAUAAAAUUAUCUACUAUCUGUUUAAGUCAGUCAACAUAACCAAAAUUACAAAGCCCAGUAACUUUUUGAUUUUUCAUAUUGCUUUGAUAGAUUUGUAAGUGAUCCCAUUUUCACGAGGUUACCAAAAAGUAUUGUUGACCAGUUAAACAAGCAAAAUUGGAUGAAAAUGGAAUCAGAAUACCGUAAAACAGUUAAAACGGUUUGAUCUGACUAUUAAAUUGUGUGCCCUUUACAUGAAUCUGUGUCGUGUGAACACACUGAGGAUGAUGAGCACCGUUGUGAUUUUCUGACACUGUUUGAGCUUGAAAUUUAUGAUGAUGGAGCGCCUCAAGAUUUUUGACCAUGUUGAGAAUUAUUAGGUUAAAUGCUGCAGUAAAACUCGAGGACAUUGGAUACUGUAUUUAAUGUUAAUAAUAGGCUAUAUUGUAAUCAAAAACUCAGCCACCUUGUAUUAUAUAUUAUUUAAUUUGUUAGAAUAAUAAAGCAUUUAGAAUAAAUAUUGUUGGCCUCAUUUUUCCACUAUACAUUGGACUGUUUCUGAAGAUGAAAACGUACUGGAAUACUGGAUACAAUGUUGUAGUUUUUAAAAUCUCAUAUUAUGUAAAUGCUGUAAAUGCUAUCCCUCCAAUGAAUUUUCUUAAUCAUAACUUUUUUUCCUCAAACUUGAGCAUGCACAUGUUCACAGCAGAGGCUCUCAUCCUCACACGGUUGAAGCAGAAAUUGUCAUACAAAGCAGGUGUUUUUCUGUUAUGAAAUAUUAAAGCAGUACAACAGAAACCUCCAGGCCCAAACCGAAAAACACUAACACAAAAGAGGGCUUAACUCUGCUCUGCUGUACAACAACUGAGAGAAACAAUGUGAUUACUAAUCACUGGCAGCUGUGACUGGCCAAAGUUCAUCUUUGCUAAUGUUUACAUGACAUUGCCUCUUUGUGGACGAUUAAUGGCUAAUGUUUUAGAAAUGUUUCAUCAAAUCGAAGUAAUACACCUUUAAAGGUGGGCAUCCAUCUACUUAUUGUACAUUUCAAUAGAUUAAAAGUGGACAAGACAUGUAUUUACCUGCUUUCAAUGAUGGAAAGUAACUAAUUACAUUUACUAAAGUUACUGUAAUUUAGUAGGUUUUUGUGUACUUUUACUUAAGGGUAGUUUUUUUUUUAAAUCAUUUUACUUUUAUUUAGAUAUAUUUUGGGAGAAGUUUUGUACCUGACUACCAUUGA